UACCUAUCAGCAAGUAUAUAUUGUAUUAGCAACUAUGUUGACCAACAUCAAAUAUUAUGGGGAUGGCUUUCUUGACAUGCUCGUUCUUUUCUCUUUUGCGCUUCUUACCUUGGUAUGGUUUUGGUGGACGACAAAGAAGUUAUCGUCCAAGCCACCACUGCCACCGGGCCCUCGCGGCCUGCCACUAGUCGGAUACCUUCCUUAUCUGAGUCCAAACCUUCACCGAGACUACUUAGCUUUGGCUAAGAUUUAUGGUCCAAUUUUCAAGUUCUGGAUGGGAACCAAGCUAUGCGUGGUCAUCUCUUCGCCGCAGCUCAUUGGCCAAGUGGUUCGCGAACAAGACACAGUGUUCGCAAAUCGUGACGUUAGUAUUGCCGCCUUAAUCUUGACGCAUGGUGGAAACGAUAUUGCUUUUGCGUCGUAUGGUCCCAAAUGGAAGAAGCUUCGAAAGAUCUUCGCUAAUGAGAUGUCUAGUAAUACUGUACUCAAUAAUCUAUAUGGGCUGAGAAGAGAAGAGGUGAGAAAAUCAGUGAGGUACCUCUACGAUAGAAUUAAUACCCCUAUUGAUAUUGGCAGCUUGGUGUGCCAAACUGCCAUUAACUCAAUCAUGAACAUGACGAUUGGUGCAUCGUUAAAAGGAGUAGACGCUCCUAUCGACAGCUGUCAAAUCAAGAAGGUGAUAGAGGACCUUGUGAUGCUACUAGGAAAACCUAAUAUCUCAGAUGUUUUACCCAUGCUUAAGUCAUUUGAUAUUCAAGGAAUUGCAAGAGAUAUAACGAAGAUUACCCAAUUGUUCGAAGCUAUGAUUGACAACGCGAUGGCUAAGCGAAAGAACGCUAUUAUUAAUCAUGUGGCCAAUGCGUCCACGAGGAAGGACUUGUUGCAGUUCCUUAUGGAGCUUCAUGAAGAUCAAGAUAGCGAAACUUCUAUUUCCAUGCCCGAAAUCAAAGCCUUGCUGAUGGACACUAUCUUGGGAGCAACAGACACUACAACAACCUCGGUGGAAUGGGCAAUGUCAGAGAUUUUUAAUAAACCAAUAGUAUUGAAUAAAAUUCAAGAGGAACUCAAACAAGUUGUGGGACUGAACAACAACGUAGAAGAAUCUCAUCUGUCCAAACUAACUUACUUGAAUGCCGUUUUUAAAGAGACUUUACGUUUACACCCCCCAGCACCUUUUUUAAUACCUCGGUUUCCAAGUCAAACCGCCAUUGUUGGUGGCUAUACUAUACCCAAAGGAACUACUAUUUUUCUAAAUGUUUGGUCCAUGCAAAGAGAUGCUAGCGUUUGGGAAAACCCUUUGGAGUUUUUACCUGAGCGGUUCCUAGGAGUUGAAAGCCAAGGUGAUGUUAAAUAUAACUUUUUAGGUAAAAAUUUCAACUAUCUACCAUUUGGGUCAGGGAGAAGAAUAUGUCCUGGAUUUUCUUUAGGAGAGAAGAUGGUUAUGCUUAUGUUGGCUUCGCUCUUGCACUGCUUCGACUGGCAAAUGCCUAUUGGUACUAAAGUUGACCUGUCAGACAAGUUUGGGAUUGUUCUUAAGAAAAAAGAUCCUUUAAUUGCCAUUCCCAAACCUAGGUUUUCAAUUUUAGACCUAUACACUACUAUUUGAAAGAGCAAUGCUGGUCAUCACGAGGUCGAGCAGCCCUCACGAUCCACGUGGUUCUAUUUAAAGCGAGAUGAGCAAUGUUUUUCUACUUGCCUAAAUCACUGUAUAUUGUACCACCUUUUAUAUGCCUUGAUAUAUGUGUAAUAAUGUACAAUAGCUUUAGUUGUUAAAAAAGAUCACAAUAGACUAAAUAAAUCUAUAUGUAUGUAUUGAUACAUGUAAAAACUUAAAGGAUUCUAAAUAUCGUGCGAAAAAUAAAGGGAAAUUUGAGUUUCUAUGAUUAA